AUGAAAUACUUCACUCUGUUCGUUUUCGCGGUGCUGGUGGUUGCGGUCUCCUGCCGCUCUGACAAGCCCGACCUGAAACAGUUGAAGGCGGAGGCGGCGCGCAAGAAAGCCUGCACCCACGACUGCGGCAGCGUCAAGUACGAGCCUAUCUGCGCCGGCAAGCAGGGCGAGAAGCCGAAGUCUUUCGGCAGCGAGUGCGUCAUGAACAACUACAACUGCGAGCAUAAAGACACUCUCCAAAAGAUCAGCAAAGGUGAAUGUCCUGGAUCAGAUGGAAUCCGUCUUUAU